AUGGAAGAAAAAAUAAUGUCACUAUUAUUUAUUAAAAUUUAUACUUUUAUCCUUAUAAGAUGGACAUGUCUAUUUUGCAAUGAUAUGAGUACGUUUAACAAACACAUUGAUGAAAAAUACAACUUUGACGGUAAAUUAAAUACAAGAAUUUGUAGAUUACUAGCAAAAAGUAAAAAAAAUAAUAAUUCGAAUAUUAUAUGGUUAAAAACAAUGGAAGAUAACUGUGAAGGCGAACAAAAAGAUAUAUCUACUGAUGCAAAAAUGGCCAAAGGAAAAAAAAAAAAUUCUAGUAUAAGUUCAUUAAAAAAGGGACAAUACUAUAAACAAGUUAUUGAUUAUAAUAAUGGAUUUUUUGAUGGAAAGCAUUUCCAAUAUGAAAGAAAAUGGGUCAAAAAAAUAGAUCAUGAUGAUUAUAUUAAAAAAAAUAGGAUGAUUGCUACCAUAGCUUCAAAAAAACUAAAAUUUAGAAAAUACCGUUAUAUUGUUUAUAUAUUUCUUCCUAUUUUAUUGGUGGGAAUAGGAAUGCCUAUAUUACAAAAAUAUAAUUGUUUACCACAACCAGGAGGUGCAUUUUAUAAGGCACUGAAGUUAGAUGCAUGGUGGGAAAAAGCACUGAUAGCUAUAAUGGGUAACGCUCGACAUCAUUUUUUUUAUAUGGUAUAUGGUGUAAUUUUGAUUGCAAUAGUUAUAUUAAUUGUUACAGUGACUUUUAAGAUCCUUAAAAAUAAAGAAAAAUAUAAUAAUAUUAAAUUGAGGGCCCAGUUAAAUGAAUAA